AUGCUACUUGCUCUAUCGACACUCUCCACACCCUUCUCAGUGGUAGACCAAGGCAAAGUUGGCUGGGUGGGAUUUGUACUUGCUGGUGUUGGCAACAUCGAAGAGCUGGAACUGGGUGCAACGGUCGACGUAGACUCAACAGGAGAGAUUGAAGUAGUAGGGAAUGAAGAACUGCUCUGCGCUCUUGAAGAGGUCGAUGUUGAAGAGUGA